AUGAAAAUUCAUUUUCGCGAACAGUAUUGCUCGAAUGGGGAAGAAAUCCUUUACGUCACGCCAGAUCACCAAGACAGCGUGGUUCGCGUAACGGUGAAAGGCGAACGACCAUCAAUUCGGAAACGUCUUAGCAUAAGACGAUUCCUUCAACACCUGUUUUUGCCGGUAGGCUAUCCGGAUAGUGUCAGUUCCGACUACUUGUCCUACCAAAAGUGGGACACCCUGCAAGCCUUCUGUAGCACAAUAAGCGGUACCUUAACAACACAUGCGAUUCUGAAAGGAGUAGGCGUCGGAAGUGAAGCGAUCAACCCACUUUCGGCAACUAUAACAUGGGUGCUCAAGGAUGGCGCAGGGCAUCUUGGCAGAAUACUGUUUGCCUGGUGGAAGGGCUCGGAAUUAGAUAUCGAUUCGAAGAAAUGGCGCAUCCGGGCGGAUAUAUUGAACGAUGUCGCUAUGGCCAUAGAUCUGUUCGUUUUGCCCUACUAUCCGAAAGCGUCAACUUACAUCCUUUGCGGCACGACGACAAUGAAAGCGAUAGUUGGUGUGGCCGGUGGAGCUACCAGAUCCGCUCUCACCCAGCACCAUGCAAUACGCGGAAAUUUAGCCGACGUUGCGUCGAAGGAUAGCGCACAAGAAACUUGCGUCAAUUUGAUUGCGUCCUUUGUGGGACUCUUUCUCCUCACGUACCUGCAAAAUCAAAAGGUUCUCUACGGUUUAUUUGCCUUCGUGACAUUGGUGCACAUUUACGCAAACAUUAAAGCGGUCAAAUCGGUUUGCUUGCGUACGUUCAACGAGGCACGGUAUUUGAUCGCACUGGAGGAGUAUUUUAAGUCUGGCAUGAUGCUUACGCCGAAGCAGGUGAACUCGUUGGAACGUGUAACCGUUGGACAGACGGUAUCUCUUACAGCUCGAGUAAAGAUCGGCUGCUCAGUCCGCGAGCUUACUGAAUUCUAUCGGAAUUGCUAUGAUCUGGAGAAUCUGAUUGCGUGUUUUGAUUCGCGUGAAAAGUUUCUCCUAGCCGAAACGCGCCACUAUGUCGGCGUGUAUCUGCACUUCACGGUAAAACCGCUCGAUAUUAUAAAGUCGUAUUUCUACGUCGCAUCAUAUCUGCAAGACAAGAGCCAGCUGCGUGACCGCUACUGGGAGAUACAGAAUAAGUGGAACGAAUUCCUGAACAUGGCACAGUGCGAAGGUUGGAACGUUCAGGCACAUUUGCUCAAAACCGACGAGUAUCGGCUCGAUUGGAGGAUAUAG